GCGUAACGUAACAUUCCAUUGAGAAGAAGAGGGGGGAAAAAUGGCGUCCUCUAACAAUCCUCGCAAAUUUAGCGAAAAAAUCGCUUUGCAUAAUCAGAAGCAGGCGGAGGAGACAGCCGCGUUCGAAGAAGUCAUGAAGGACUUAAACAUCACCAGAGCUGCCCGGCUGCAGUUACAGAAGACCCAGUAUUUGCAACUAGGGCAGAAUCGUGGACAGUACUAUGGAGGCUCACUGCCCAAUGUCAAUCAGAUUGGAAAUGGCAACAUUGACCUGCCUUUUCAGAACUCGGUGUUGGAUACCAGCCGAACGACCAGGCACCACGGGCUGGUGGAGCGCGUUUACCGCGACCGAAACCGCAUCACAUCUCCUCACCGCAGGCCGCUGUCGGUCGAUAAACAUGGACGCCAAAUUGACAGCUGUCCUUACAGCUCCGUUUACCUCUCCCCACCACCAGACACUAGCUGGCGAAGGACAAAUUCAGACUCUGCCUUACAUCAGAGCACUAUGAAUCCGAAGCCCCAGGAUGUGUUUGCAGGGGGGUCACAGGAGCUGCAGCCUAAACGAGUACUGCUGCUAACAGUGCCUGGGAUGGAGAAUUCCGACUCUAACGCUGACGAAGAUGCACAGGAACAGUUGUGGAAUGAUGAGAAGGAUGAUACAUCAAACCCCAACACAUGUGAUGUCCCUGGAAUCAAUAUUUUCCCAUCACCAGACCAGGAGUUGAACCCAUCCGUGCUCCCUGCUGCGCACAACACUGGGGGUUCAUUGCCCGAUCUGACCAACAUUCAGUUCCCGCCUCCACUGUCCACACCACUGGACCCCGAGGACACCGUGGCCUUUCCCUCGCUCAGCUCAUCCAACAGCACAGGAAGCCUGACCACCAACCUCACCCACCUGGGCAUCAGCGCAGCCAGCCACGGGAUUCCCACCUCAUCCCAAUCUACCAUGACUGCGACGGGACAGCGCCGGCAACCUCCUGUGGUGCCCCUCACCCUCUCCUCUGACCUCCACCUCCAACAGUCAACGCAGCAGUUCUCACCCACCCUGUCCUCACCUGUUAACAUCCCACAGGCCAUACCAACAGAGUCGAUGACCUUGGAGCAGCAACUUUCCCAAUAUCCACUUUUCAGUCAGUUGACGGCUCAGGCUCAGGCUCAGCUGGUCAGCGACCUGCAGAAGCAGCAGCAGGCCUUGUCGCAGGGCAUCCAGCUCAUCACUUUCCCACCUCCAGCCUCCACUGCUACAUCCACUGCCACUGCCAGCAGCUCCUCCCCAGACAGCCAGAGCCAGACAACCGCCAGCAUCGGUGUCAGUUCGUACCGCAAUCAGACUGGCUCACCAGCCACUCAAUCUCCAACCUCCCCAGUCUCCAAUCAAGGCUUCUCCCCUGGCGGCUCGCCUCAACACAUCCCCGUGGUGGGCAGUAUAUUUGGCGACUCCUUCUAUGAUCAGCAGUUGUCAUCGAGGCAGACCAAUGCACUUUCUCACCAGCUAGAGCAGUUCAACAUGAUCGAGACCCCCAUCAGCUCCACCAGCCUUUAUAACCAGUGCUCCACCCUCAACUAUACACAGGCGGCCAUGAUGGGCCUCACUGGGAGCAGCCUACAGGACUCUCAGCAGCUCGGCUACAGUAGCCACAGCAACAUCCCCAACAUCAUCCUAACAGUCACAGGUGAGUCUCCGCCGAGCCUCUCCAAAGAGCUGACCAACUCUCUGGCCGGUGUCGGCGACGUCAGCUUUGACGCGGACUCUCAGUUCCCCCUGGACGAGCUGAAGAUUGACCCGCUCACCCUCGACGGGCUGCACAUGCUCAAUGACCCCGAUAUGGUGCUCGCCGACCCCGCCACCGAGGACACGUUCAGGAUGGACAGGCUGUAACAUAUGAGGCUCAAUGUGGCCAAGAAGGAGAAGAAGAAGAAGAAGAAGAAAACGAAGAAAGAAACCCACACACUAACUUGUGAACAGAGAGAAGCAAAGGGCGGGAAGAACCCUCUCCCUUGUUGCAUGGCUGUCCAGCUGUCUGACCUCGCCCUCGUCUCCGUGAAGCUCUCUGAAAUGACGCACCACCAACAGCAGGGAAUAAGACGUCCAGUGGCUUGCUGGGGAAUGGCCUCGCUGUCAAUUUGAAUGAGAUUGGUCGCUCAGCGCUUUCGCUAGCCUGCUGUGUUUACAGUGUACCAUUACAUGCCACAUAAAUUCCAAAAAAAAAAGAAGAAGAAAAUGCACAUUUGACAAUGUUUUUUUUUUUCCUUUUCAUAUCCACGUUUUGUUUUUGUUUUUAUAUUUGCUGGUAGCAGGAAGCUGCUAGGACAUUGGGCUAAACGGUUUGGCAAUCUGAUGAAUUGGUUUUUCCCUUUAUGCUGUAACAGCUUUCUAUUUCACACUCAAAGCUUUAUUUUUGACAACCAAAAGUUAUUUUCAUCAUGUACUGUAUGUUUUGAUGCUUUACGUAUGUAUAUGUUCUAUUUAUUUUAUUUUAUUUUAUUUAUUUAUUUAUUUCGGUUCAAGAUUGAUUUUAUAUUCUAUUUACUAAUUUAAAUUUGAUGCCAAAAUGCUCUCUGUAAGCAUAGUGUAAAUUUGCACUCAUGUGGUUUGUGUCUAUUUAUGAAGUACCAACAUAUUUAUAAAUGUCUUUGUUAAGCUACUUGGUUAAUGAAGGAGUGCAAAAUCUCCCCAUAGUUGCUCUUUGGUGUUCGAUGUGCCAUUCUCUGAUGUAGAGACGCGGUAGACGUUGUAAUGCUGUAGCCCGGCGGUCAAAUCCAAGCGUCGUCGUUUCCAGUGAUGAUGGGUCGGUUGUAAUUACCUUAAAUUAACGUUUUUUUCUCAGAAAAAUAAUCAGGUAUUUCUAUUGAACUGGAAAGCAGGAGAAAAAAAAAUAGAUUUAUUGCCAGUGAAGAGCCAAUACACGUUCAGACCGACGCAGUCUGUUUUUAAAAGUGAAAUCUCCAAACGUCGUCACUGUGAAAUCACCUGAUUUUGCCUUACAUGAGUGUUCCUGCUGUUCCACUUAAGUGUCUGACGUGACAACGUAUUUUCGUACCUUAUUGUAACAUUUUCUUGUAUUUGAGAGGAACGUCACUUUUGAUCAGUGAUAUUUGUGAUUAUGUUGUGUAAGGUUUGACAAAUCGAUGUACUGUAUUUUGUAGCGGUACAAUUUAUACCCAAAUUGUUGAUGUUUUUUAAAGUGGGGCAAAAAAAAAAAAGAAAAAGCAAACAAAAAAAAAAGAAAA